AUGACCGCUUCCGCCCCUACACUCGAACCAUGCUUCAUUCUGAGAUUAUACAUAUCCAAUGAAAAUAUCACCCACAUUGAUGAUAUUAAAUCCGGUCCUUCCCGCAUGAUUGUCACCGUCACGCAUGGCCGUCUCCAAGGAUACGGAGUGACAGCGGAUGUUCUCCCUGGUGGAUCGGAUUGGAUUUUACACGAUCCAAAAACAGACACAGCACAUAUCGACGUCCGCACCCAAGCCCACACAAACACCACCCCCAACCACGCCUUCUACAUCCACUACACCGGCAUCAUGCAGCUGGAUGAUAAGAUUAAGAAGUUCCUCCAGGGGUCGCCUGAUGCUGUGACCACUGAUUUCGGCGAACAUUACUGGUUUCAGACGCCCCUGUUUGAGACGAGUCAUCCGGACUUGAAAUGGAUUGAGCAGGCUUUUUUUGUGGGCAGAGGUAGGCUGGUUGUUGAGAAGGGGCUGCCGAGUGCUGUUGAGUAUCAGAUUUGUCGGGUUGGGAAUUAG